AUGUCUCUCUUCCCACGAUCAUCCUUCGCCCCCUUGGUCCAAGAGCCAUCCUUCACACCCCUCUUCCGCCUCCUCGAUGAAUUCGACAGCUACAACGGAGGUCGUCGCAACGGCACCGCUUUGAAGUCCUUCCAGCCCAAGUUCGACGUCAAGGAAGUCGAAUCCGCCUACGAACUCCACGGCGAGCUCCCAGGCAUCGACCAGAAGAACGUCGAGAUCGAGUUUGUCGACCCGCAAACCCUCAGCAUCCAAGGCCGUAUAGAGCGCUCCUACGAGAGCGGCACUGCUCCAUCUGGCAGCAUCGAAGCCCCCAAGUCAUCCGGCGCCAUCAAAGAGGCGGGCGAGUCCAACAGCCACAGCCACAAAGCAACCGUCGAAGACGAUGCCAAGGAGCCAGCUACCCCUCCCUCGGAGAACUCGAGCAAACAGGUUCAAUCUCGGCAGCAGCAGUCACAGCAGGACCAAGCUCCCGCUAGCAAGUACUGGGUUUCUGAACGCAGCGUCGGCUCCUUCUCUCGCACCUUCAGCUUCCCUGUUCGCGUCGACACGGACCAUGUCAAGGCUUCCAUGAAGGAUGGCAUCCUGUCCAUUGUUGUACCCAAGAGCAAUGAGACUGGCGGUCGCAAGAUUUCCAUCCAGUAG